AUGGAGCGGAGAGACAUUCUACGACGAAGACCUAUGCUUCAGUUAGAUCAACCCAUUUCAUCAAUCAGAGCAAAAAACAAAGCUGCCGAUGAAGCAAAGAAACGUCAAGAAUCAAAAAAUGUAUUACAAGAACUCCUCGGUGAAUAUAGUGAAAGUGAUGAUGAGGAGAACGAGGAAAUUUCUCAGAUUGAGUUCCCGUCUAAAGGAAAGGAUGUGACCGUUUCCUUAAACUCGCCUCUUAUACCAUCAAUUCCCCCUGCUCAAUCUCAUUCUCCUCCUACUUCCGAACAAUCGAUUACAAUGGAUCUAUCCGAGGAUAGUAUUGAAACUGCUUUGAAAAAUUUCAUGUCCGAAAUCAACGCUCUUCCCAUUACCUCGAUAAAUAAUGAUUCCUCCGUGACUACUUCCGUGACUACUGUUGAAGAUUCAAAUUCUAAACCGAAAAAUGAUAAAGCCCAAUUUUCCUCACAAAUUUUCUCUCUUGAAAAUGAUUGGCAAGAACAUUGGAAUCAAGAAAAUAACAGUCGUUAUUUUUAUAAUAGCAAAACUGGCGAAACUCGUUGGGAAGUUGAUAUACAAAAAAAUAUUAUUGAUUCUACAAUCUCAAAGGAAAAAAGUGAUAAUUUGGAGACAACUUCCAAUGACAGUUACUAUUCAGUACCUUAUAUUGCAACUAUCAACAAAGAUGAAUCUAAUUCACUAACCGUUCCAUCACCUGAUUCUCCACUACAUCAUCGUUCCCGAGAUAUAUAUGUACGUCUAUCAAGUAUUAUGCCCUUGGUGACACACAUGAAACUUGAAAGGCAUCAAAUCGAAUUUGCUACCAGAUUACAUGAUUGGCAAAUCGGCGCCCUGCAAACAGUUUAUUUUGAAAAAACCAUUCUGGAAGGAUUGGAAAUGUUACUUCAAGGUCUAGAAGAACAAAUUUCACCGGCGGGUUGGACCUGUAAAUGGAAUUCCGAGACUCAAAAGCAUACUUGGAUUCAUUUACAGACUAAUCAAAUUUCCUAUACAUAUCCAAAUCCCGAUUUUACUAGUUCACUCUCAAUGCAUAAUAAUUCUGUAUUGGUAAAUCACCAAGAUUAUGUUGAUUCUAAUGGUUUAGAUAAUGGCUUAGAUAAUGAUUUAGAUGCUCGAUUUACGAGUUCUUUAGUAACAUCGUCUCAAUAUAAUCUACAAAGUUAUCCCGUGGAAUCUGAAUUUAUGACUAUAUCAAUAAUUCAUUUUCUAAACCAUGAUGACGGUGCUAUAUCUGCGAUGAAUUCACAAGCAUCGACUGGACAAGGUUUAAUUUCAACCGUUACUAGUGAAAAAAAGCGAAAAAAAGAAAAAGAAACUUUAAGUUCUGGUUUUAAAAAUAAAAAAAUGGCAAAUCUUGUUGAAAAAUGGAAAGCCGCUGAGGAUUUCCUUGCUAACACUGAUUGGGAAGAAAUUAGAAAACAACAAAAUGGGACGAUCAAAGAUUCGGAAGCUUGGAUAAGAGAACAGAUAGAAUCAGGUGAAGCCUCUAACAACCCUAAUUUGGAACCAAUAAAGGGUGAUUGGCGACAAAGAAUCAAGAAUAAAAAAUCCGAUAAAGAUUGA